CCAUCAAUUUCGCGUCAUGUCUCACGCUUGCAGCGACAUAGGCGGGGCAUAUAAUGACACUUGAAGAGCCGGUCGUUGAAGUUUCAGGACGGUUCAACGCCUCGACUGCUUUCGAGGAACCAUCUUCCCAGUCAUUGCGGGAGGCACCGUGCUACUGAACACCCGUUCGUUUGUUGGGUUCGUAGCUCAUUGAUCUAAAAGUCUGUGACAAGAUAUCACGAUGUCUGCAGCAGGGACAACUGUACUGCCGCCAUACUCGAACAAGGCGAGCUUGUAUAUUGCUCCAGUAUGGACUUUGACAGCGAUUGCUUUGCCUUUGGUUAUCCUACGUAUCGCAUCCCGACUGAAAAGAACAAAAUCUCUGUACAUCGAUGACUGGCUCAUCUUGGUUGCAGAGAUCCUUUCGCUCGUGAAUGUAUCCUUAGGCACAGCGGCUGUCGCUUACGGCUGGGGAAAGCCAAUCGCAUAUGUCAUCCAGAACUGGCCCCUUCUACAAAAACUGCAAUUCUCUCUGCAAACCGUAUGGAUUAUCACUCUGUGUCUUGUCAGAGUAUCGAUUGCGUUCUCCUUAUUAAGGUUCGGAACCGAGAGAUCUUGGAAAUACCCGCUCUACUUCCUCAUUGGAUUUCAAUGCGUAAUCUCGUCCAGCUACAUUGUCAUCCAAUUUGCGCAGUGUAAACCACUCGGAUGGGCGUGGGAACAGAUCCCCGCGAAAUGCUGGGAUCCGCAGCCCAUCAUCACGUAUGGUUGGGUGAUAGGAGGUAUCUAUGUGGCGAUGGAUUUCGUUCUAUCGUUCAUGCCCAUCCGCCUCAUUCGAACCCUCAAUCGCCCAACCGCUGAGAAAUUCCUGAUCUCAUUUCUCAUGUCACUUGGUCUUUUUGCAACCGUCGUCUGCGCAUUGAAGAUGACCACAUUCAAUGAUUUUGGCAAGGGUGACCCGAAUCAAGAGACGAUCAAGCCUUCCAUGUUGACCAAGCUUGAAGAGCUGGUCGGUAUAAUUGCCGUGUGUCUACCCAGCCUCAAGUCACCAGCACAAAACGUUUUGAAAAAGGCGGGCUUCCUCAAAUCGCACGAACUCACCCGCCCCAGCUUUGUGAACACGAUACCACUGUCUGAGCGACACAACAUGGGAGGCCGCGAAGAAGACCAGAAUAGCGAUGGCGCGGACUCAUUGCCACCCAAGGACGAUAUCCGUGUUGACUCGGUCAACGUCAAGCCAGGCAGUGCAGACUCAGCGACCAGAAAUCAAAGAAAAGAUGCUUGGCAACUGGUUUAGCUAUAAGUGAAAUUGAAGUUAUUCUUUCCCGCGCUAUGGAUAGUUUUGAGCGAUUGGUAUUUUUAUGAUGGUUA